AAGUGCGCCGUGAUCAUCUUAAGAAAAUAACAAUUAUCAAACUAACAGAACGUAUAUUACUGGAUAGGCCUUCGGAUUAAAAUCAAAGUUCGCGUUGUUGGAGUGCGUGCGCAACAUAUGCGUAGAUAACAACUAUUUUAAUUAAGUCAUAUUGAAUGUUUUAUAUAACAUUCUUAUAUGUGAUGUACUUCCAAUGAUAUUUUAUCGUAAAUACGGAUAGUAGUCAGUAGCACAAUGUUAUGCACAGUGUAUACGUCGCAUUGUUAGCCAAUUUAUUAAGUUAAACGUUUUUCAACAAAAGGCUUUAACAUAGCUGCGAUUUUUAUUUACGCCUAACUAAUACUUUAACAAAUGUGGAAAUUGAUUCAUCAAUCUGAAACAAAAACUAUCGACAGCUAGAAAUCUCAUAGAAACGUUUUUUGCUCAUAUAAUCACUAAUCUGAAGAUUCCUGUCACAAUGGAGACGUCUACUUUAGUUUUAACUAUUCUGACAGCAAGUAUUUGUUUAUAUUAUUUUGUGCUUGGCAAAUUGACUUAUUUCGAACGACUGAAGAUUCCGCAUGUGAAACCUAUUCCAUUGUUGGGUAACAUGGCACCUUUUAUUUUUCGCCGUAUAAGCCAUCCGGACCUUCUACUAAAAUUAUACAAUCUCUUUCCAAACGCAAAAUACUUCGGCUUCUAUGACUUUUCCACACCAACCUUUGUUAUCCGUGAUCCGGAACUAAUUUCUACGAUCGCUAUCAAACAAUUCGACAACUUUUGCGAUCAUAGUGAUUUAGUGAAUGAAACUCUCGAUCCGAUAGCCAGCAGAAAUCUGUUUAGUCUGCGAGGGGAUUAUUGGCGCGAGAUGCGAAAGCUCCUUAGUCCUAGUUUCACAUCCAGCAAAAUGAAAAUGAUGUUUGAACUCAUGAGUCAGUGUGCGGAGAAUUUUGCUAAUUUUGUGGCAACGGAAUCUGGAAAAAUCGGGAAAACAUAUGAUAUGAAAAGUAUACUUAGCAAAUAUGCUAACGACACGAUAGCCUCGUGCGCCUUUGGCAUCAGUGUGGAUUCUUUCAAACAUCCGAACAAUGAAUUCUUCAUGAUUGGCACUAGAGCAAUGAAUUUUGGGGGAGCUUGGUUAACUUUCGCGUUUUUCAUGCAUAAAAAUUUUCCAUUCCUGGCAAAUCUCUUCAAGAUACGAAUGUUUGGUCCAAAAGUAGAGAAGUUUUUCAAAGAUAUCGUUGCUAACACAGUUAAGGCCAGGGAUGAACAAGGAAUUAUUCGUCCAGACAUGAUUCAGCUGAUGAUGGAAACCAGAAAUAAGAAUAUCGGACCCAAAUUCGACAUCAACGAGAUGACUGCCCAAGCGUUCGUUUUCUUUCUUGCCGGAUUUGAUUCUGUAUCAACAACUAUGUGUUUCAUAACGAACGAAAUUGGUGUUAAUCCUGAUGUUCAGCGCAAAUUGAGAGAAGAAAUCGAGGACGUUCUCAGACAGACCAAUGGUAAUCCUACCUACGAGGCUAUUAAUGGCAUGAAGUAUUUAGACGCCGUGGUAAAUGAGAGUAACAGAUUGUAUCCGUUAGCACAUUUUCUUAACAGAGUAUGCGUUAAAAACACUGAAUUGCCACCAGUGACUCCGGAUGGCAAACCGAUCACUAUAAAGCCUGGAGAUUUCAUAUGGUUUCCAACUUAUUCUCUGCAUCGCGAUCCAAAAUACUAUCCGCAUCCAGACAAGUUCGAUCCAGAAAGAUUCCUUAACGGCAGUGUGGACAACUCGGUGUAUCUACCAUUCGGUAUCGGGCCCAGAAUUUGCAUAGGUAAUCGAUUCGCUCUAAUGGAAAUAAAAAUCAUGCUGUUCUAUCUACUAUGGCAUUGCGAUCUUGAACCCGACAUUAAAACCAAAGUUCCAAUGGUAUUAAAGAAGACAUUGAGCAUGACAGCGGACGGAGGUUUCUGGUUGAAGUUGCGAGCAAGGAGUCAGAAAAUUCCGGUUACGUAAUAUUUAUCAAACGGAUACGACGAAUAGUGAUGUAGCAUAUAUAUUUCAUUUCAAAUGUCGAAUAUUUUGUUACGUAUAUUUUUUAAAUAAUUGAAGUGAUAACAUGUUCAUGUUUACGCAAAAGAUUUUUAAACAAUAUGUUUAUAUAAACUGACAAAUAUUCAUUCAUUCAGCUGUUCAUAUUUUUUAGAAUAGUUUGAAAUAGUUUUCGCUUAUACUUAAUUAAAAAUUCACAUCCAAACAGCAAUAAAAUUUUUAAUUUAUCUUUUAGAAUUUAGUUCUAUUUUGGCGAGAUAAUAUAAAUCUUGGUCAAUUAUACUCUAAAAAGGACGAAUAAAGAAAAAAAAUGUAUAGCUCUUUACUUAAAAAAAAUAUAUAUAUAUAUAUUUUUUUUUCUUAUGUCUUGCAAUUGAAUAUAAAAGGUAACUUUAUAUAACGUCUUAAUAUAAUAUUAAUCAAUUCAGUAUGUUUGUUGAUUAAACACACUAUAAUUAACAAAACACAAGAAUUAUUAAUACAGUAGAGAAAAAGAUGGUAAUAUGGCCAUCGAUUUACAUUAUAUACAAUAACUGUUAAUAAUUAAUAUUUUAAAAUAAAAUAUAAUGAUUAUAUUCAUUAAAGUGUUGUUCAUUAAAUUUUAGAUUUAAAGUUAUGUAACAUUUACUAUAUUAUUGUGUAUUAUUAAUUAUAAAAAUGUAGCAAUACUGUAUAAUAAGCCAAAGAGGAACAGAGAUUGUAAUUAUAUAUUUUUCAUAUUACACUAAUCAAUGUUGGCACAAUA